GGGGCUCCUCAGAGGACAAAGAGACGUGUUCAGAUAUUGAGCUUGACUUGCUUUCCCAGCGGGCUUUGCAUACUAAAGCAUGAGAGAGGAGCUUCAUCGCUCUAGAGAUCAGGGAACAAAGGCCACACCAGCCUCACUGAGGAAAAACCUCCUCCAUGUCAACAUCCAGCUGUCUCGGCUGUCCUGUCCUGUCCUGUCCUGUCCUGUCCUGCUGGAGCUCAUUCACAGAGGAAAUGGUCCAGGAUCACACGGCUCGUGCUUCUUUCAUCUCUUAACGACGUUGGUGCAGUUGCUUGUGUUCGUAACCCCCGCGCUGUCGAGCACAGGACAGACAGCGUCUGGACGUCUCACUCAUGUGGCUCUCUGGAUCUCUUCUCAGACUCCUCUGCUCUCUGCUCCUCAUGCGGCUCUGUGCCUUCGCUGCGGAUCAUCCGGGAGUCUGUCCCAAUCACCUGAACCUGAAUCUGUGGGUGGACGCGCAGAGCACCUGUGAGAGGGAAUGCCAGACCGACCAGGAUUGCGCUGCCUUUGAGAAGUGCUGCACGAACGUGUGUGGCCUGCUGAGCUGCGUGGCGUCCCGUGUGUCCGACGGCUCCGAUGAUGCUCAGUCGGGGGCCGGGGUUUCGGCGGGGGGCGUGGCUAGCUGUGAUGGGUUUGUGUGCAGCCAGCAGGGGGCGGUGUGUGACGUGUGGGAGGGCCAGCCGGUGUGUAAAUGUCACGACCACUGCGAGAGUGAGCCCAGCUUCACUUGCGCCUCCGAUGGCCUCACGUACUUCAACCGCUGCUACAUGGAUGCAGAGGCCUGCGUUCAGGGCAUCACACUCACCGUGGUCACCUGCCGUUAUCAUCUGUCUGGCCCAAACACCAGUCCUCUGCCGCAGGACACUACUGCUCAACCCACGUCUGCAUCUGCCGACUCCGAGCCCUUCCCGCCGACGCUCUACUCCAACCCACAGCAGCAGGUGAUUUACCAGGGCGCCACGGCCAGCUUCCACUGCGACGUGAUCGGACACCCGAAGCCGGACGUCACCUGGGAGAAGCAGUCCGAGGGAGGAGAGACCAUCGUCAUGCGGCCGGACCAGAUGUAUGGGAAUGUCGUCAUAACCAACAUUGGUCAGCUGGUGGUGUAUAACGCCCAGGUGUGGGACACAGGGAUAUACACCUGCAUCGCACGAAACACCGCAGGAGCACUGCGCGCCGAUUACCCGCUUUCUGUCGUGAGGCGUGACAGCGAGGACUUCUUCGAUGACCCAGAGGCAGGUUUGCCGUUGGGACAGCCGUUCUCGCCGGCCGACUGCUUGGCUGCCCUGGAGCGGGGUGAGUGUGGCGAGAAGCGUGUGGACUGGUACUACGACGCGGCCCGGGGCGAGUGCCAUGAGUUUGUGCAUGGAGGCUGUGAGGGCGGCCGCAACCGCUUCGAGACGUACGAGGAGUGCCGGGCGUCGUGUCAGCGCGAGGGGCUGGGCGUGUGCUCGCUGCCGGCCGUGCAGGGUCCCUGUAAGCUCUGGGAGGCGCGCUGGGCCUACAACAGCCUCAUGAAGCAGUGCCUGGCGUUCGUCUACGGCGGCUGCCUCGCCAACAAGAACAACUUCCACACACGUGAAGACUGUGAAGCCAGCUGCCCCCAGCCCAAGCAGCGUCAGUGUAAAAGCUGCCGACCGAAAGGAAAAAUCCUGGCAAGUCUUUGCCGCAGUGACUUUGCCAUCGUGGGACGGCUCACCGAAAUCAUUGAGGAACUAGACUCUGGAAUUGCGCGAUUCCACCUGGAGCAGGUGCUGCGUGAUGAGAAGAUGGGCCUGCAGCUCUUUGAAACACAACACCUGGAGGUGCUGCUGGUGCAGAUGGACUGGAGCUGCCCGUGUCCCAACAUCACGCAGCACCACCAGCUCCCCCUGCUGGUGAUGGGAGAGGUGCAGGACGGCACAGCCGUGAUCCUGCCCCACAGCUAUGUCAGACCAAUAUCUGAUCGACGCCUCAAGAGGAUUCACCAGGUUCUGGACAAGAAGACUUGUGAGAUGCUGCAGAGGUUCAAGGACUGAUCUGGCAUGGCUC